AUGGAUCGCAUGGAGCUGCAGAAAGUCAACAUCGAACUCGAUGAUCAGAGCAACAGUGGGGAAAGCCUCGAAGACAACUACACGGAGCUGGUUGAUUCAGAGAAGGCUGCAAUUAGGAGUCCUUUUGCCAGUGAUGAUGCAGAAAGUCAGAAGUUCCUUACAAAUGGAUAUCUGGGUAAAAAGAAAUUGGAAGAAUAUAAAGAGGAAUACCACAGGGGCAGAACUUCCUUUGGAAUGUCUUCAUUCAACCUCAGCAAUGCCAUUAUGGGCAGUGGCAUCUUAGGGCUCUCCUAUGCAAUGGCCAACACGGGAAUUAUCCUUUUCAUAGUUUUGCUGCUAAGCGUAGCAAUACUGUCGCUCUACUCGGUCCACCUCUUACUGAAGAUAUCAAAAGAAGGAGGAUCACUAAUAUACGAAAAACUGGGAGAAAAGGCAUUUGGCUGGCCUGGGAAGUGUAGUGUUUUCAUUUCAGUUACGAUGCAGAACAUUGGGGCAAUGUCAAGCUAUCUCUUUAUUAUUAAAUAUGAACUUCCUGAAGUGAUUAGAGCAUUUAUGAAACUUGAGGAGACUUCCGGAGAAUGGUACCUAAAUGGGAACUACCUCGUCAUACUUGUAACGGUUGUAGUUAUUCUUCCCCUCUCCCUUCUAAAGAGCUUAGGUUAUCUUGGUUAUACGAGUGGUUUUUCGCUGACCUGUAUGGUUUUCUUUGUCAGUGCGGUAAUCUUCAAGAAAUUCCAAAUACCCUGUCCUCUCCCCACCCUGGGCCACGGGGUUGAAAACUGGACCACCACCAACAACACAGUGCCAAUGCAACUGAUCAUGUUACCAAAUGGAUCUCUCAGUUCUGGUGUGAAUUUCAUGAUGGACAACACAGCUGGGCACUUGCCAGGCCUCGAGGAGCCAAAAGACACCUUCCCCAAAAGUGGAGUAGAAUACGAAGCACACAGCGACAGUGACAUGUGUCAGCCAAAAUACUUUGUAUUCAACUCACGGACUGCCUAUGCAAUACCCAUCCUGGCAUUUGCAUUCGUAUGCCACCCUGAGGUGCUACCAAUAUACAGUGAACUCAAAGAUCGCUCCCGAAAGAGGAUGCAGAAUGUCUCCAAUAUUUCCAUCACUGGCAUGCUCAUCAUGUAUCUUCUGGCUGGCCUCUUUGGAUACCUUACCUUCUAUGGAGAAGUUGAAGAUGAGCUGCUUCAUACAUACACCAAAGUGUACACCUUUGACACCCUCUUGCUGUCUGUUCGCUUGGCAGUGCUGGUGGCUGUAACCUUGACCGUGCCCCUUGUGCUUUUCCCCAUCCGUUCAUCUGUCAGUGCAUUGCUGUUUCCCAAAAGACCAUUCAGCUGGAUAAGACAUUUCCUGAUUGCAGCAGUAAUUCUUGCUUUUAAUAACCUGCUUGUAAUUUUUGUCCCGACUAUUAAAGACAUCUUUGGAUUUAUUGGCGCCUCUUCUGCUACGAUGCUGAUUUUCAUCCUUCCUUCUGCCUUCUACCUGAGGAUUGUUGAGAAGGAACCCCUGAGAUCUCCCCAGAAGAUAGGGGCUCUACUUUUUCUCAUCCUUGGCAUAAUCUUCAUGAUUGUGAGUAUGACUCUUAUCGUAAUGGACUGGAUUUAUAAUUCCCCAAGUUCCGGACAACACUAA